GAUCGGCUUUCAGCUGCAGCCUCCGGGCCGGCCGGGAAGGCGGGGAGCGGGCGGCGGCGGAGGAGGAGGGGGAGGCGGCGGCGGCGGCUGCAGCAUCCAGGGCUGGCCGCGGCGGCCGGCGCGCCCCGCGCACAAAGGCGCCCAGCCCCUGGGGAAGGCGAUGAGCGCACCACAGCCCGGGCCCGAGCCACCGCUGCAACCAGCGCCGCGUGCGCCCACGAAUCUGGGGAAGACGCUGGGCGCGCCGGUGGCCGGCUGCCGAGGUGCGGCCCGUGCGCCCUGAGCGCGGGACUCGCCGCCCUCCAGGUCAGGCGCCAAGCUUCGGAGCGGCUAGAGCGCGGGCCUCCGCGCGCACCUAGGGUCGGCGCAGUAAAGGCGCCUCCCCACUCUGGGCCGGACCUCCGGUGCCCUCUCGCCGCGUCUGAGCGCCAACUUCGCCAAGAACGCUCCCAACUCCAGGCCACCCUGCCGGGCAGAGAGGGCGCUGCUGCCGGGCACCAGUCGCGAGGACGCGCCGCUGGCUCUGGGGAGGAAGCCACCAUCUGCGGGGUCACUCGGGCGCCCCUGAGUGGGCGGCAGCGGCAGCAGCAGACUUCUCUCCCGGGAUUCCGGGACCUGCCAGCGCUGGGGAUUCCUCCGGGGCAGGCGCUCGCCCUCUCUUUUAUGGAGCUUGGGCCCCUGCCGCAGCCCAGGGGAGGCUGUGGAGGUCUGCGGUCCGGAAACCGGGUUCCCAGCCCCGUGGUCUGUCCCUGGCUACGGGGAGUGGAGGCUCCCACGAGGUAGCAGUGGCCUGCAGUGGCCCCCCUCCCCACAGUGAGCCAUGGGCCAGAAGCUCUCCGGGAGCCUCAAGUCGGUGGAGGUGCGGGAGCCUGCGCUGCGACCCGCCAAGCGCGAGCUGCGAGGUGCAGAGCCUGGGCGACCCGCCCGGCUGGACCAGCUGUUGGACAUGCCCGCGGCCGCGCUGGCGGUGCAGCUGCGGCACGCGUGGAACCCCGAGGACCGCUCCCUCAACGUCUUCGUCAAGGAGGACGAUCGGCUCACCUUCCACCGGCACCCGGUGGCGCAGAGCACGGACGGCAUCCGCGGCAAGGUGGGCCACGCGCGCGGCCUGCACGCCUGGCAGAUCCACUGGCCCGCGCGACAGCGGGGCACCCACGCGGUGGUGGGCGUGGCCACGGCGCGAGCCCCGCUGCACUCGGUGGGCUACACGGCGCUGGUGGGCAGUGACGCCGAGUCGUGGGGCUGGGACCUGGGCCGCAGCCGCCUCUACCACGACGGCAAGAACCGGCCGGGUGUCGCCUACCCGGCCUUCCUAGGACCCGACGAGGCCUUCGCGCUGCCCGACUCGCUGCUGGUGGUGCUGGACAUGGAUGAAGGCACGCUCAGCUUCAUCGUGGACGGCCAGUACCUGGGAGUGGCCUUCCGAGGCCUCAAGGGCAAGAAGUUGUACCCGGUGGUGAGUGCCGUAUGGGGCCACUGCGAAGUCACCAUGCGCUAUAUCAAUGGCCUUGACCCCGAGCCCCUGCCACUCAUGGACCUGUGCCGGAGAUCCAUCCGCGCCGCCCUGGGCCGCCGGCGCCUGCAGGACAUCGGGUCCCUGCCGCUGCCGCAGUCUCUCAAAAACUACCUGCAGUACCAGUGACCCAGCGCGGUGGCCGGCCUGCCCGCCGGCCACGGUCACGCAGCCCGCGCAGGAGGGGUCCGAAAGGCCAGGACGUGGGACAAGUUCGGACAAGAAUCGUCUGUCGCCGCAGGUUCGGCUGCGCCUGGAGCGGCCCUGCCAGUCGACUCCUCCCUAAGGCGCUGCCACUCACCCACCCGCUGGGACGCCGUGGCCCCCGGUACUGAUCGGUACUGAUGGCCGCUUCCUAUUCAAGAGAGUGAGACUUCUGCUCCGUGUCCCCUGCAGGCAGGGUCAGGGGAACCGGGCCAGGGCUGAGAAGAAUGAGGGAAGUCGCUGCCCACACCCCUCCUGGCCCCACCUCUGGCCAAGGUUAGCAGGAUUGUCACACCAGUUUAGGACUUGAGGCCACUUUGAGAGACUAUUCCCCAGGGAUGCCCAACAGCAGAAUGGACGAGUGGACAAAGCAACUUUAGACGCCUCCUGCUUACCUCUUGACGUUGUUUACUCGCCCCCCCCCCCCACGCCCUCAUCCCACUGAGGUGCAGCUCGGCUGUCCCCUCUGUUCAGGGAGGAUGCUUCUGACAGAUUCUCCCAGGACAGUUUAGCCUCGGUGAUGAUGAUUAUCUUAAGUUGUGUUUGCAUUUCAAAAGAGGAGUGUGUGGAGGACAGCCCUUAGUCUACAGGUGCUAAAGGGGACAGAGGCAUUGUGACACCCAAGUCUGAUGAGGUCCUGGGGCUGAGCUGCCCUCCCAGGGCCUCUAGGCUGCCCACCCUUCCCGGUGCAGCCUGGCUGUCGCUGUAGCAAAGCCAUCCAUGAGCGAGUUAUUUUUUCACUUCUUGAGAAGAGUCCCACAGGUUUGUUUCCUGUUUCAACCGUGUGUGUGGCGCGCUGUUUAUUUAUCAGUCUGGGACCUAGCGGGUACCUGGAGGGUGGAUGUGGGGGCGCCCUGCUCAGCCACCCAUGGGAGUCUGUCCCCCUGCAAAGCCGUGCUGCUGCUGCUGCCCCCACUGUCCGGCAUCUCUGGUGUGUUUCAGACGCUCUGCACCCAGACUCCUUGGUAACUGGAAAUUGUCACAGCAGUGGGACACCAGAGCCCCAGUUGGCACUGCCUCCCCACCACCCACGUCAAUGUGAACUUGACCAUGAAUGAGGAGCGUUUCUAAUAAAGUUUGC